UUCAAGUCAGGUGACUAAGGUUAGAGGUCAAACAUGCACGUUGUUUCCCAGAUUUGUGUUUAUAUGUUCAUUUUACUGAAUUUAUGGUGUGAUGGCGACCAAAAAAGACAAUUUCACUGUGAAAAAUUCCAUGGACUCUCCCUAUGGAAUACUACAAUGGCCAAGACUACACCAAGGAGAGCAAGUACGUAUAUUAGACGAAAUAAAAAGUAUUUUUCAGCCUUUAAAAGAUCAGUUGAAGAAGGGAAAGUCUAAAAACAGAAAAAAGACUGCAAAGAUGAAAGCACUGGAAGUGUCUGAAAAACCAGAAGAAACUACAGUAAACUCAUCAAAUUUGAGAUCCCAGUUAGCACUUGGUAUCAAUGAAGUCACCAAAGGCUUGGAACGUGAUCUGAUAAGACUGGCUAUUGUAUGUAAAUCCGCCAAACCUGUAAUGUUGACAGCGCAUCUGAUACCUUUAUGUGUGUCUCGUAAUACAUCAGCUGUGUGUUUAACCAGACUAAGUGAGAUACUUUCGCCAAUAUUUGGUUUUACAUCGUUAUUGGCCAUUGGAUUCAAGAAACUGAGCAAAGAUGAGAGUUCCAUAUUUGAUGAACUGGUUGAGUUUGUUUCAUCUCGAGCACCCAUUUUAGAAGUACCAUGGUUGAAACAUCAAGAAGAAAUUGCAAAAAAAGUUGCAAAUCUGAAGACAAAUGUGCAGGAGAUAUCUACAGGAAUCAAAGAGGAAAACGAUGAUGUACGUCAAACUGGAAAUGUUAACAUUGGAGCUCAUCAAACUGAACUGGAACAAACCAGUUUGAGUAUAGAGGAACCAGUUUUAACUGGUUCAAUCUCGUUUGAUGCGAGUGAAUCUGUAAACACUGCUGAAAGGGUACUGGAGCCACCAACAAAAAAAAGAAAAGUACAACAAAUAGGUGGCAAGGAUAAGAAAAAACAGAAACAAACAAAAUAUCAUGAACUGACAGUGAAACAAAUGAAAAACAUUCCAAAUGAGAAAAGGCAGAACAAAAAAAGGAAGAAAAAACAAAGAAAGAGUAAAUAAAUUUAAUUUAUUGUAAAAUUUGUGAGUUUCAUAAAGUCUACAAUUAUGAAUAUUGUUCUCUUGGUCCAUUUUGUAUUUUUUACAUCCUCAGCUCUCGUAAAUAAAUCUCAAUUUGUGAAAUUCGUUA